AACAUUUCUGUAUGCAUACUUUACACUGCGCUUUGUUGUUUAGCCUACUGUCAUGAUUGUGGCCUAACUGCUGCUCCAACCUGUAAACACAAAGAAAAUGGAGUGUGUUUUUCAGAAAAAGGUGCUUGGCCUUGGGUGGCAGCAAUUUACAAGAAAACUUCAAACAACCAAUUUUUCCACUGCGGAGGCGCUCUAAUUAGCGAUUGUUUUAUUCUGACCGCUGCUCAUUGCGUUAGUGACCUUAAGCCUGACAAUCUGACGGUCGUUCUCGGCGACACGGAGCGUUAUGUUAAAGAAUACAGCGAGAAAACAUUUGCUGUUGAUAAAAUCCACAUCCAUAAUAGCUAUAAACACAACAGUGGGAGUUUAAACUAUGACAUCGCUCUGCUACAAUUGAAAUGCAAUGUGUCUUGUUCUCCAUACGUUCGAAAAGUCUGUUUGCCCACCAAAGCGGACUUUGGCUAUUACCGCGCAGGAACGAGCUGCAUUGUAGCAGGAUGGGGAGCUACUGAAAAGAGAGAACUAGGCGCAAAACGUACUCAUAAAACUACCAGCUUGAAAGAAUUGCAUCUUCCGAUUGCAGACAAAGCCGCUUGUCUAGACAGUACAUCGGAUUAUCUCAAGCAUGACAUUACAAACUACACUGUUUGUGCAGGAGACGGCACCGGUAAUAAUGAUGCUUGCGAUGGUGAUUCUGGAGGACCUCUGUUUUGCAAGCGCGAGAAUGAUAAAGAAAUCGGUCCCGACAGCUAUGUCAUUGUGGGAAUAGUCAGCUGGGGAGAAGGAUGCGGACAGGUUGGAAAAUACGGGGUAUUUACACACUUGCUCAACUUGAUGGAUUGGGUUCGGACCGUGUUGGACAUAAACAAAUGCAAGCAAUCGUUCAACGAAGAAGAGAAAGAACAGUGUCUUAACCCUGUAGUUAGCUUGGUUUGAUGCUAGCAUGUAAUUACGGUUUUUGCUAAAGACUGACGUAGCUAGUUACUCUAGAUACUUAACUCGGUUUCUGCUGAAAAUGGCACGUUUAGUAGAUUACUUCGUGACGGUGUUACUGUAUGUAGAAAUGUCAAUUGGUAUGAGAAUAAACUUACUGUUGUUGAUUU